UGGUUGGUGCUCCCAGGGCAGAAUCUAAAUACAGCACCUCUGUUCAGUCCCCAGGAGCAGUGUUUAAAUGUCGAGUCCAUACCAAUCCUGACAGAAGAUGCACAGAACUGGAUAUGGGUCGAGGCAAUUCUCGGGGCACACUCUGUGGAAAGACCUGCAGAGAAGACAGAGAUGACGAAUGGAUGGGUGUGAGCCUGGCUAGACAGCCGAAGGCUGGUGGAAGCGUGCUGGCAUGUGCGCACCGCUGGAAAAACAUCUACUAUGAGACAGAGUACAUCCUGCCCCAUGGCUUCUGCAACAUCAUUCCCCCCAACCUGCAGCCCAACGGGAGAAAGCUCUUGCCCUGCUACGAAGAGUACAAGAAGAAGUACGGAGAGGAGCAUGGCUCAUGCCAGGCAGGGAUCGCGGGCUUCUUCACUGAGGAGUUGGUCAUCAUGGGGGCACCAGGAUCUUAUUAUUGGACAGGAACUGUCAAAGUGCUGAAUCUCACUGACAACACGUAUUACAAGCUGAACGAUGAUGCUGUGAUAGCCAGGCGGUACACAUACCUUGGAUAUGCAGUGACAGCAGGUCAUUUCUCUCAGCCGACUACCACGGACGUUGUAGGAGGAGCUCCCCAGGACGGAGGCAUCGGAAAGGUUUAUAUUUUCAGAACAGACAGACGAUCAGGCUCUCUAGUAAAGAUUUUCCAGGCUUCAGGAAAAAAGAUGGGCUCUUACUUUGGCUCCUCCUUAUGUGCAGUUGAUCUGAACUCUGACGGGUUGUCAGACCUGCUGGUCGGAGCACCUAUGUUUUCUGAGAUCAGAGAUGAGGGUCAAGUCACAGUCUAUAUCAACAGAGGAAACGGAGUGCUGGAAGAGCAGCUUGUCCUGGAUGGUGACAGCACAUACAACGCACACUUUGGGGAGAGCAUGGCCGCCCUCGGCGACAUCGAUGAUGAUGGCUUCUCAGAUGUUGCCAUUGGAGCGCCUAAGGAGGAUAACUACAUAGGAGCAGUGUACAUUUACCAUGGGGAUGCCAAUGGUAUUGUACCUCAGUACUCUAUGAAGCUGUCUGGGCAAACAAUAAACCCGAUGCUGCGGAUGUUCGGCCAGUCCAUAUCAGGGGGAGUCGAUAUGGAUGGCAAUGGUUAUCCAGAUAUGACUGUUGGAGCCUUCUUGUCAGACAAUGUGGUACUUCUGAGAUCCAGGCCUGUCAUUACCAUGGACAUCUCCAUUUUCCUGCCUGCAUCCAUCAAUAUCACAGCUCCUCAGUGCCAUGAUGGCUUGCAGCCAGUGAACUGCCUCAAUGUCACAGCAUGCUUUCGCUUCAGUGGCAAGCGUGUUCCUGGAGAAAUAGGUUUGAAUUAUAACUUGACUGCUGAUGUGGCAAAGAAGGAAAAGAGCCAGCAACCCAGAGUUUACUUUGUGACUUCUGGAGAGACAGUGGGCCAGAUCACAGAGAAGUUACAACUAUCGUACAUGCAGGAAAAGUGCGAGCAUUACCUAGCGUAUGUCAAGAAAAGAGUCAAAGAUGUCAUAUCUCCAAUUGUAUUUGAAGCUGCAUACAGCCUUGGGGAACACGUGAUAGAAAGAGGAAAAGAGGGCAAGGAACUACCUGCUCUCAAGCCCAUUCUCCGCUGGAAGAAAGGACAAAAGAUAGCACAAAGGAAUCAGACUGUUUUUGAGAGGAACUGUCAAUCCGAUGACUGUGCUGCCGAUUUGAAACUUCAGGGUAAAUUACUGCUGUCUAGUGUUGAUGACAGAACUGCCUACCUGGCCCUGGGAGCGGUGAGGAACAUCUCACUUAACAUUUCCAUCUCUAACAUUGGGGAUGAUGCCUACGAUACCAAUGUUUUCUUCAAUUUUUCUGGGGAGCUCUUCUUCAUCAAAAUGUGGCAAAAGGUAAGAAAGGCCAAUCUUGCU